GCGUGCGCUUUCCCGCCCUCGCCACGCCCUGCGCCGUCCGUCGGGCUUUUCUCCCCCAGCUGUAGGCUCUCGCUCCUCCCUCUCGGUCGCUCCCGGAGUCCAGGCCCCGCCUGUUUCUCUCCCCCAGGGCUUCCUCCGUCCGCUCGUCCUUGCGCCUCUGCUACUUCUGCUGAAGGCGGAGGCUCCAUGUUGUCCCCUCAGCGAACGGCAGCGGCGGCGUCGAGAGGAGCAGGUGAUGCCAUGGAAAGUGGACAACCUGGUCCAGUGCAGGUUGUUUUGGUUCACAAAGAGCAACAUUCUUUUGAGCUAGAAGAGAGAGCCUUGGCCAGCAUCCUCCUGCAGGACCACAUCCGAGAUCUUGAUGUGGUGGUAGUAUCAGUGGCUGGUGCCUUUAGAAAAGGCAAAUCCUUCAUUCUGGACUUUAUGCUGCGAUACCUGUAUUCUCAGAAAGAAGGUGGUCAUUCAAAUUGGUUGGGUGACCCAGAAGAACCACUGACAGGAUUUUCAUGGCGAGGAGGCUCUGACCCAGAAACCACUGGGAUUCAGAUUUGGAGUGAAGUUUUCACAGUGGAGAAGCCAGGUGGGAAAAAGGUUGCAGUUGUUCUGAUGGAUACCCAGGGGGCAUUUGACAGCCAAUCAACUGUGAAAGAUUGUGCUACGAUCUUUGCUCUAAGCACCAUGACUAGUUCUGUUCAGAUUUACAAUUUGUCCCAGAACAUUCAGGAAGAUGAUCUUCAGCAGCUACAGCUCUUCACAGAAUAUGGACGUCUGGCAAUGGAUGAAAUUUUCCAAAAACCCUUCCAGACUCUGAUGUUUUUGGUUCGAGACUGGAGUUUUCCUUAUGAAUAUAGCUAUGGACUGCAAGGAGGAAUGGCAUUUUUGGAUAAGCGUUUACAGGUGAAGGAACAUCAACAUGAAGAAAUUCAGAACGUUCGAAAUCAUAUUCACUCAUGUUUCUCGGAUGUUACCUGUUUUCUCUUACCACAUCCAGGGCUCCAGGUGGCCACAAGCCCUGACUUUGAUGGGAAAUUGAAAGAUAUUGCAAGUGAAUUCAAAGAGCAGUUGCAGGCACUGAUACCAUAUGUACUAAACCCAUCUAAGUUAAUGGAAAAGGAGAUCAAUGGCUCAAAAGUCACUUGCCGAGGACUGUUGGAAUAUUUUAAGGCAUAUAUUAAAAUUUACCAAGGAGAAGAUCUGCCUCACCCAAAAUCCAUGCUUCAGGCUACUGCUGAAGCCAAUAAUUUGGCAGCUGCAGCCUCUGCCAAAGACAUUUAUUACAGCAACAUGGAGGAGGUUUGUGGGGGAGAGAAACCUUAUUUGUCUCCAGACAUUUUAGAAGAGAAGCACCAAGAAUUCAGACAACUUGCUCUGGACCACUUUAAGAAGACCAAAAAGAUGGGCGGGAAGGAUUUCAGCUUCCGAUACCAGCAGGAGCUUGAGGAGGAAAUCAAGGAACUGUAUGAGAAUUUCUGCAAGCACAAUGGCAGCAAGAACGUCUUCAGCACCUUCCGAACCCCUGCAGUUCUGUUCACAGGCAUAGCAGCAUUGUACAUAGCCUCGGGCUUCACUGGCUUCAUUGGGCUUGAGGUUGUGGCCCAGCUGUUCAACUGUAUGGUUGGACUGCUGUUGAUAGCACUCCUUACCUGGGGGUACAUCAGGUAUUCUGGUCAGUAUCGUGAGCUGGGUGGAGCUAUUGACUCUGGUGCAGCAUAUGUGUUAGAGCAGGCUUCUUCUCAUAUUGGCAAUUCUACUCAGGCUGCAGUGAGGGAUGCCAUCGUUGGGAGGCCACCUACAGAUAAAAAAGCUCAAUAGCAUCUUAACGGCAAGACCCAACAAGAGCCCAGUCAGCCCCUGGAUUUCUGCUAAUGCCACCAUGGGUCCAGUUCCAGAGGAAUGGCCGAUCUGAGAGCAUCCUGGAAGAGCUGAGACAGGGCACUGUAAUAAAUGAACCGACCUCUCCUGUGGUUUCCCGUUCCACUUGUCUUGGAAGCAGUUCUUUUUCUUGCUGUUACAAGCCCAAGGCUACUCUCUUCUCUGCUUUGUGCACUUUAAGGGGUGGGGGUGGGGGCUAAAAGGAAAACAUGGAAAUGAUGUGCCACAUAGUGCCUUUUAAGACCAGACCAUGCCUCUGCAGCCGUGAAGACUGAGGAAUGGAGGACAGCCUCAGGAAAUGUGGUUUUGGAUCAAGUUCUCUUUUGAAUUUUAGUUUUGUACCUUUGAAAAUUUAUUUUUCAAAUGUUUACACAACUUGAAAAAGGCUCAGAACUAAAGGCCAACUGAAAUAAUACUUAUUACACUUAAACAAUUUCUCCCAGUACUGCUGAUUGAACCUAGUGCCUGACAUGCUAGACAGACAAUUGCCCUAGCCUGGAGCUGUCCCCUAGCCUGCUUGACUGUGUAGUUUCAGGUCUUUAAAUUACUUUGUUUCCAGGUUGGCUGUGAGCUUUCCAUCUUCUUCCUCCCUCUCUAGCUUUUUUGAGUAGCUUGAAUAUAGACCUGUGCUACCAUCCAUCCUUCAGAAACCUUAUUUAUAUGAAUUAUCUUUGCUAUGCAACAUGGAAAAAUUAAAUCAUUUAAUAAUUUGUGUUGGAGAAUAUAAGGUCUUUUACAUAGGCUGGCAGUUUUGUUGAACUUGCUUUUUUACUUUUAUUCCUGUAGCUUCUUCCUAGAAAAGAGGUAAACAGUCCUUUAAAAGCCAGUGGUUCAUAAUAAAAGGUAUGAGUGAGAUACUUCAUGUUAAAUUGUAGUUUGAAUUUGUCUUGGUCAGAUUCACUGCAUAUUUAUGUAUGUAUGUGUUACUUUUAAAAAUAGUUGUUUUUAGUGGAGAAAAGACAUUACCAAAUAUUACUUCUUUUAAUUAAUGUUCAGUUUCAUGUUGCUUAGUGGUAAUACCAAAUAAUCUGAUCUAAAGUUCUUACUUUAGAUCAAACUUUAGUUUAAAAUUGUAGUCAACCUUUUUUUAUUUUAUUUUUUUGGUGGUGGAGGUGGUGUCUGACUGUGUUGCACUAACUGGCCUGGAGUUUUUAAUACAGACCAGGCCAGCCUUGAACUCAUAGAGAUCCUUGUGCCUCUGUGUGCCACUGUGCUUGACCCCAAACUGCUUUUUAUUCUGUGAACUGUCUAAUGUUCAUAAUAUCAAAGCUAAACUGUUAAUAACUGACUUAAGAAGGAUAGUUGCUCAGACUCUAAAAUUUCCUUUUUUACUUUUACCUCGAUUAUGUGUUAAAGUUUUAUCUAUUAGGUUUUUUUUUUCUUUGAUUUUGUAGUGGUGAAUUACUGUGGAUUUAAGCCUUAAAACAUGCCCACAGGUAUAGAAAUCAUAAUUUUUUUUAAGGUAAUUUGAAAUUUUGUUUUGGGAAGGAGAUAGAAUGGUUUUGGCCAAAGCUAGUGUAAAUUUAUGCACAUGAAAUAUGAAUGGAAGGUAGAAAAAAAGGACGUCUUGCAUUUAAUUUCCAUAUCAGAAUUUUCUUCUAAGUUUUCCAAUCAAACAUUUAACAAAUCCUGAAUUAAUAUUAAGAUUUUUCUAUUAUCUUGUCCUGAAGUUCAUAGUAAUUUUUCCUUUCGCUGUGCCAUCUGGGAACAAUUCCAGCUUGUUUUGAAGCUGUUCACUGCUUGUGAGUGAUGGCUGACCUUGGAAGGGGUUGGAAGUUCAGUCCUGCAGCGUGCAGGGUUUUCAGGUAGUGUCCCCUAUGUGAAAGCUUGUACUGAAUGAUGGGUUCCCAGUGCUGAGAUUGGGUCUUGUUAUAUAAUCCAGGUUAGCCUAUAACUUUCUUUGUAGUUUAGACUGGCCUUGUACCUAAGGUCUGCUGCCUCAGCUUAUAGUACUGAGCUUAUAGGCGUGUCCCCAUGCCUAUCUCUGUUCUACACUUUUUGUUUGUUUUGAUUUUUUUUUUUUUUUUUUUGAGACAGGGUUGCUCUGUGUAGCUUUGGAGCCUGUCCCUGGAACUAGCUCUGGCCUCUAACUCAUAGAGAUCCACCUUCCUCUGCCUCCUGAGUGCAGGGACUAAAGGCGUGCACCACCAUCACCCGACUGCCCAGCUCUACUCUAAAUGGUGAGAAAAGAUGAUGUGAGAAAGAUUUCUGUAAUACUUCUAUAUUACAUCUGUGUAUGAGUUUAAGGUGAAUGUUCCGUUAAUUAACUCACUCUGCUUCUGGAACAUGUUUAUGAAGUUUUCUUUGAGCCAGGCGGUGGUGGCACGCGCCUUUAAUCCCAGCACGUGGGAGGUAGAGGGAGGUGGAUCUCUGUGAGUCUGAGCAACCUGGUCUACAAGAGCUAGUUCCAGGACAGGCUCCAAAGCUACAGAGAAACCCUGUCUCAAAAACCAAAAAAAAAAAGUUUUCUUUGAGGGUUCUUAGCUGUUUUCCUUGGCCUCUUUUCUAACUUUAAAUUGUUGACUUUCUAUCACAGUUUUUCAAUACAGAAUGUCUUUAAUGAAUGGCUAGAAAUAGUCCUGAGGAUAUUCAUAAGUGGUGAAGGAUUCUGUUAGCACCUCCAGCCUUUUGUUUGUGGGUCAGGGACAUGGUAUAGGAGGACUCAGACUAGUGUCCCCUGGUCAGACCACGCUUUCUGUGUGUGUGAUGUUAAUUUCUACACUCCUGUCAAUAUGUGGAACACAUUCCUAUGAACAUAAUGGAGAUUUUCAUUAAAAAUAAUUCACUUUAGAAGAAACUAAAUGUUGCCAAGAUAUCCUUGGUUUUGUUUUGGGGGCCCCAGGGCUGUGUGUAUGGCAGGCAUUUGCUCUAUCCACCGAGUCAAACACUUCAGUCUGCCUCCUACCAUCAAAUGGAUAGAAUCGCGCCUUUGAUUCUUCUUCUGAGAAGUCUCUCUCAUGAUUUAUCGCUUGCUGAUAAAUGUCAUAUAUCCCUUUUGAAGAGUACCAAAAAUCUGUUUCAUGGAUGCUUGUAACUUCUCUUUUAUUUCUUUUCUUCUCUCCCUCCACUCUUCCUUUUUCUGUGCAGCUCCAGCCAGAUGUUUAUGUUUGAUACUUGCUUUAUCCUGAGUCAAGUUGCUGUGAAUGUUUGUGUUUAAUUUGCUUUCUCUCACUCGCUUAAGGCAGACAAGUGCAUAGGCACAAGCGUUGUGUUUUCUUUGAAGUUUCUUUAGGAGGUCACACACUGGUACCUAGGAUAUGUAAAUGAGAUAAAAAUUCAGUAGGUUAAUUUCGGCCUAAACCCCCGACCCCUAAAAAAUUUCCCCCCAAAAAGUAACAGGGAAGUAUCAAAAGAUCUAUUUUGUUGGUGUCUUUUUUUGAAAUGUAAUGAUGAGUUGGUUUUUCCAUCACGUGACCAACAUCUUUGUAUUCUUCUACCUAGCAUGUGGAGCCAAUACUGUUUUUGUCAGGGACAAGGCCAUAAGCAAGCCUCAUUUAGCAAAAUAUUCCCUGUCCAAUGUGGUUGGUUGUAGUGGGAUACAGUUGUUUUCCUCAGGAACUGACUGUAGCUCUAUCUUGGACACUAGUUCUCAUCUACCUUUUCAUGCUUUAGAUUAAUCUGUGGGGUGUGUUGAAAGAAACAGACUCUGCUUUGUAUCUAGGGAUUGUUGCCGUGGUUUUGUCUGUGCCUGAGAUCCAUCUCUUACAAAUACCAGUAAGUGACUGGUGGGUGGGGGGAUAAAUGAGGGAGAAUAAACUGAUCUAGGAAUGGGAGUACCCAGAUGGGAAGUGCCCUUUGCAUUUCGAGCAGAUGCCUGAGGUCUGCUGCCAGGUCUGCUCAUCGAGAGUUUACUAUGUUUAGAAUGAUCAGGGUGCCUUAAUUAGAGGAUUGUCCAAGCUUUUUAAAGCUGUCAGUGCCUUCUCUUAUGUACCUGCCCUCACACGCUAACAGGUGAUUAGGAUUUUUUUUAAACAAAUGUUGAUAGUAUUCCCUCUCAUACUCUGAAGAAGUCAAGUUGGGCACUGCAACUUGAAUCCCUUAAUUUUUUGUUGUUUUGUUUUGAGAAAGGGACUCAAUAGUAUCCCUGGUUGUUCUGGAAUUUACUGUAUAGACCAGGCUGGCCUUGAACUCACAGAGAUGAGGCUGUCUCCUUUUGAAUCCUGAAAUCUUUUAUACACAGAAAACCCUGAAGUACUAAUACCAGUAAUGAACAAAGGAUGGGAUUAUAAGUAUGAAAGUAGUCACUUGUGCACCCCACAGCAGGAGCAUCACAGCCCUUAUCAACAGAAAGGCUUCCUAUGGGAAAGAAUUUUAUGUGCCAGAGUGCAAGUUUAAUGUUGAGACCAAGGGAAGGUCACAUUGAUGCCCAAACCUCUUUAGUUUAGGUCAUCAAAGGUGUUAUGGAUGUAAGCCUUAAGAGUUUAAUCUUGAACAUACACAAGGUAUCCUGAAUUUUACUUUAAAAAUGAAUUGUUAUAAGAACUUUUGCUAGAUCCUUGCCUUUGAAUGGCUUUAAAACAAUACAGAUUUUUGAAAUGCAAUGGGAAGCAAUGAUGCUGUUCUGUGUUAAAGGCACAUUUCCGUUUCUUUUCUGGGUUGUACGAUUCAUUUAAUGGAUUAAAGAGCACAAUGCCAUGUUA